CCAUUUGCUUUUUGUUUUGUCUGGCACACGUGCAAAUAAUGUAUGGCAACAAAUGUGACCAACGGGCAGAAACCCAACAUAAAUAUGACUUUUUCACAUUUCAGGCUCACGGCAAAUGAGAUAUUGGACCUUCUGGAGAGUGACAGCUGGCUUGAAGAUGAAGAUGUCGAGGACCACAUCGAUGUUAUACUCAUGCCCCCCAUCGAAAAGGAUGACGCCCAUACCGACGAAGACUCCGACAAGUCAGAUGGCGAAACCGUUGGUGACACAACCCAUCUCCCACGCCGAGUCCUGGGGACAUCAGCGGAAGUGACGGGGGAGCAGUCUCCAGCUCCUCGCGAUGGGACACACGAAAAGGGAUCAGGUGACGUCGCUGCUUCUGCAACACAAGAGCCGGAUCAAUGUACCUCUGUCAAAGGGCCUAAAAGGAAGAAGGUCAGGAACUGGAGGCACCGUCCACCAACAUUUCGGGUUGAACUGUCUGCUGGCGACCCUAACGAUGCUUCAGAAGUCGGUGACACAUCUCCAAGUGAGCUGUUCCAAAAGAUGUUCACGAGAGAGUUGCUGGAAAAUAUCCUGGAGCAGAGCAACUUGUACGCGACGCAACACGGAAGACGACUGAACAUGACGAUGGAGGAACUGCUGGGAAUCAUCGGUGUGAUGAUGAUGACGGGCUAUAGAACGACGCACAACAAGAAACAUCUGUGGUCUGCAAAGGACGAUGUGUCAUCUGUGUGGGCACAGGAGCUCAUGCCUAGGAACAGGUUUCUUGAACUUCUCCAGAAUCUGCACCUGGCGGACAACAGCAACAUCAGCAAGGACAGAUACUACAAGGUACGUCCGUACUUCCAGCACUUGAACGCCGGAUUCAAGACGGCAGCUCUCACCAGAAACAUGAGCGUUGACGAGACAAUGGUACCGUACUAUGGACGGCACAGCACCAAGCAGUUCAUAAGGGGCAAACCUGUAAGAUACGGGUACAAACUGUGGUGUCUGGCAGCCUCCACCGGAUAUCUCUAUCAUGCGGAACCGUACUGUGGGGCCGACACCCAACUGGCUGACACGGGCCUGGGGAAGGGAGCUGACGUGGUGCUGGGCCUGCUGAACAAGUGCGCCGUCCCACCAGGCCAUGCUAUAUUCUUCGACAACCUGUUCACAUCACUCGAGCUCUUGGACGUGCUGUCGGACAUGGGUCUUGGCGGGUGUGGAACCGUCCGCGAAAACAGGCUUGGUGGCGCUCCAUUUUCAGACAAGAAGGUGCUGGAGAAGAAGCAGCGUGGGACAAUGGAGUGGCUGUCUGACGGUGACAACCUGGUUGUGCGGUGGAACGACAAUCGCGUCGUGACGGUGGCGACGAACUGUGAGCCGCUGGAGCCGCUCGUUACCGCCAGCCGGUAUGUGAAGAAGCAAGGUGGCAGGAUCGCUGUACAGAUGCCCCGUCCUCUUCAUGCAUACAACACCCACAUGGGCGGUGUGGAUCUGUUUGAUCAGUGUGUUGCUCUCUACCGCAGUACCAUACGCAGCAAGAAGUGGUGGUGGCCGCUCUUCCAGUGGGGAGUUGACGCUGCCCGGACAAACACCUGGCUCCUGUCUCAACGGCAUGCCAAGGGACCGCAACUUCCCUUCCUGCGGGAGCUCACGUACGUCCUCAUCAAGAAGAACACGGUGCCGCGUCCUCCAGCAAGCUUCUCUGGCCGCCACCAAGCACCAGAAGACCUCCGCUACGACGGUCUACAUCACUGGCCAGCAGAGCUCAAAACCAGGUUCCACCGUUGCAAGGUGUGCAACAGCCGAACCAACAUGUCCUGCGAGAAGUGCGCCGUUCCACUACACCCAAAGUGCAUGAAGGUGUACCACACUCCAUGAGCACACGGAAGAUCAAGAGGGGCAUCAGCACCAGUUGGGUUCCUACGUAUGGCUGAUGAUCUGAACAAGCCCAAAAAUGCGCAGUGGGCGUGACCUUGUCGACAUCAAAGAAAGCAGGUCAACUAUCUUUUACCUUGUGUUGGAUUUUGUGUGUGGUAAUAACGUAAAAUACAGGUGCUCAACUACAGAUGCUGACAUUUUAAGUCUUCGCAGAAAGAUUGGACGUUAUUAUAAACAAAAGUAAGAAAAAGUGGUUAAAAUUCCAUUUCAUGGUGUUUAUUGACCCGUUGGUCACAAAUGUUGCCACCCCCAAAAACAGGUAAAAAAUAUCUCCAAUUUUUUCCAAAAAAUCACAGGCAAUCAGUGACUCCUGAUAAGUAUAUACAGCAAAAAUGAAACAAUUUACACCACUUUAAGGACCUUGGGCACUAAUGGG